GGUUUUCUUUCUUUCUUUCUUUCAUUCUUUGAGAGAGACACACAGAGAGAGAGAGAGAGAGAGAGAGAGAGAGAAUAUAAAGGUUCUAGCCUUUGAGGGUCACUGAUCAGUUGAUGAUUGAGGAUGAAGAAGUGCAGCGGUGAGUCUUCUUCCAAACUGGAUAGGAAGACAGUGGAGAGGAACAGAAGAAUCCACAUGAAAGGUCUCUGCUUCAAGCUUGCUUCCCUUAUUCCUCCCCAACACUCCAAAGCCCCCAACUCCAAGGACACGUUGUCCCAGCAAAAUCAGCUCGAUCUUGCGUCCUCCUAUAUAAAGCAACUGAGAGAGAGAAUAGAGAAUUUGAAGGAGAGGAAGGAGAAAGCAACGAGGUCACAAUUAGGGAUAGAUGCUAAUAGUACUAUCGAUGCCGAUAAUGCUAUGAUGGUGAGAUCAAGAUUGCCAGUUAUUGAAUUAAGAGACUCAGGUUCAAUUAUAGAAGUGAUGCUGAUCAGUGGGUUGAACAAGAACUUCAUGUUAUAUGAAGUGAUUAGUGUUCUUGAGGAAGAAGGAGCAGAAGUUGUCAGCGCUAGUUUUUCCACUGUAGGUGAUAAGGUUUUCCACUCGCUUCAUGCUCAGGUCAAAUUUUCUAGGGUUGGUGUAGAGACUUCAACUGUGUGGCAGAGACUGCAGGAUUUGAUUUACUGAUCAUUAGCUAGCAAUUGGCUCUGGAAAACAGAAGAUAAUGUUCUUGUUGUAAAAUGUAGAAUUAAUAUAUACAAUAUAGCUUUAAUAAUGCCAUGUUCUUGAAAAUUAAUGUAUAUGAAUAUAAUUGUUUUUCCCUUUCUCUACA